AUGAGGAUCAAGAUUGCUUUAGACGCCGAAAGGGGAAUUGAGUAUCUCCACAACUACGCAGUGCCUCCUAUUAUUCGUAGAGACAUCAAGUCCUCUGAUAUACUCCUUGAUGCAAAUUGGACAGCUAAAGUAUCUCAUUUUGGAUUAUCACUAACAGGGCUAGAAUCUGAUCAAGAAUUCAUGUCAACCAGGGCAGUUGGGACAGUAGGAUAUAUUGAUCCUGAAUCAUAUUAG